AGGCGACUGCUGUUGGUCAGACCCGCCGGUAGAUGGCAACACAGGGCCGAUCCACAACACGGGGAGGCUGUCAGUCAGAGCGCAUUCAAACGCCAAGGAGGCAAAAUGAAGUGCCAAGCGUUUUUGUUGCUUACGGGCAUGGUGAUGACGUUGCAAGCGGAAGUGAGCACGGAGAGUGAUCAGUGCCAGUAUGAGCAGAAGAGAAAGCAGGACCGCUCUACACCAUGCAGUGAUUGAAAAGAAGGCGGUGUCAGUGAACCUGCUCCUGGCUGCUUGCUGUAACACCACUCUGAAAACGAAACGAGGAGAGACGGCGCUGAGCAUUGCAGAGAGGAAGGGCAAUUCAGCCAUCAUAAAUGCUCUGAAAAAUCAUAAACCAUGUUAAAAGACAAACAGCGAUGACAAGACGUUCCUCUGAAAAAGCGAGAGGACAUAGCCUUAGCUCCGACCUAACCCAUGUUGCUGACAGCGGGAGGGUCUGUGGAGCUUCCUUUCGCUAUUCCUCUUCUGACAAACUCUGCCAUUUGCGGAGGCUCAAAGGUGCGAUUGUUUUUGAGGCCUGUAGGUCAACGCUCAACUAUUUCCAUUGCUGAAAAGGUAUCAGUUUUUUUUUUAGCGGUUGUAAGUCUGUGUUUUGAUCCUUAGUUAUUAGUCAUUGGUACUGAUUUUUUUUUUUCGAAAAUUAUCUCUCUCUCUUUUUGUGAGAUUAUUUCCAGUCAAAGCUUUUGAUAUUAAUUAUGUGUUGCUUCGACUCCUCAAGAAAAUCAUGAUUUAUUGUCAUUUACAC